AUGAAAGGCCAGCUUCAAAUAAAAGCUCAAAGGGAAAAGCCUGCAAGAAGAGUUGUACUGCUGACACAGGAAAUGGAUGCUGGAUUACAGGCAUGGAAGCUCAGGCAGCAGAAACUGGAGGAAGAAAGGAAGCAAGAAAAUGCUUUUAAACCUAAAGGGACUUCACUAAAAAGCCCACUUCCAAAUCAAUAA